AUGCGCAUUUUUUUUGCUUUCCAUAUUUUUUUGUUUUUUUUUUUCACAAAAAAUAUAGCUUGUAUAGUAAAUACCAAAGUAGCAAAAGGAAAACGAUUUUUUAUUAACAAUGGUUGGUGUAAAAAAGUAAAAUAUUUUUAUUUAAAUUCAAAUAAAGUUAGAAGCAAUGAAGAAAAGAGUACCAUUUUGGGUGGGGAAUUGAGAAAUAUUAUUAUUCCCCAUUUUAGAAGAAACAUAUAUAAUGAGCCUAAAAAUGUUGUUUAUAAACAAAUAUAUGAAAAAACUUAUCCAUUUAAAAAAUAUUGUAUUGGAGAUGAAUAUUAUGGAAGAGUGUUAAGUGUAAAUUGCCAAAAAAUAAAACUUGAUAUUUUAUGUGAUAGAAAAGCUUGUUUAAAUACAUCAGAAUAUUUCAGUUCAAUAAAAUUAUGUAAAUAUAUAGAUUCAAUAAUAAAUAUACAUGAUAUAAUAAAAAUAAAAAUAAAAUUUAUACAAAAAAUUUAUCAGAAAAUAUUUGUACAAAUAAGAAAAUAUUCAAUAUCAGAAAUAUUAUCAUCUUUUCAAAAUGAUCAAAAUUUAAUAAAUUCAAAAAUUUUUUACAUUGGUCAUAAUUAUGCUUUAGUAUAUAUUGCUCCUAAAAUACAUGCAAAGUUAAUUAUUCAUAAACAAAAUAAAUACAAACUUGGAGAUAUAAUUCCAGUCAAAAUACAUUUUUUUAAUUCAGAAAAAAAUGAGUUAUAUGUAUUAGACCCAUACGACUAG